GGAUUCGAUUCGACUAGAUGUCGAAAAAAUAAAGUGAACGCCGAUAUCGUUACCGGUGAUAAUAAUUUUAUGAAGAUAUAAUAAUACAUUGUAUUGAUUAAAACUAGCAUUUAAACAAUAUAAACAUCAUGGAAAACGAAAUUUUAGACUCUCUAAACGACUUGGGAUAUGAAGGCCCCUUGACUGAUGAAGUAGCAUUCGCCAAAGCAAUUGAUGGCGGCCCCAAAUCCUUAGAAUAUACAAAACUGAUACACAUCCUCGCUGAAGAGAUAAAAAAAUUGUGUAACCUCGAAGAAACGGUGAAUAUAAUGAAUGAUCCGGAUGAAUCCAGUUCAUUCUUGUUGGAGCUAAGUUCAUUUUUGAAAGAACUUGGAUGCCCAUAUCGGAAACUUAUAACAGGUCACAUGUCAGCCAGGUUACAGUCGAGAGACGAUAAGAUAUUGUUACUGGAUUACCUAGUAUCAGAACUAAUGGCAGCUCGAAUGGUGAAUGUGGACUGUCCUAAAGAGAAGCAAGCGGGCAUGGAUAUUGUAGUGCAAGAGUCACCAACAGCAAAGGACCUAAAAGAUAUCCUUAUUGCAUUAAAAUUUAACAAGCCUCCACCAAAUAUCACUCCAGAAGUGUUAUUUUCAAAACUAGAAGCCAAAUUAAAGGAUACCAUACAAAAAGAAGGAGACAAACUAGUCGGAAAGCCAUUAUACAAUAAAGCAUUAACGGAAAAAGAUUGGAAGCAAUUGGAGAACACAUUCACGGAAAUGUUUGAGGAGUAUCGUUUGAGACGAGAAACAUUAUUAACGAGAUUGGAGUGUACUAUACAGAGUUUUGAGUGGUCCGAUCGUUUGAAAAGCAAGAAGGAUCUAAUACAAUCAACAUACAGACCUAAAAGGGAACACUUACGGAUAAAGCCGGAUGUUAAGCUGUCAGAUUUUCUGGCAGCUAGGUCAUCUCUAUUGCAAAUAGAGAAGACAUCCAGUGCUUCUGUCAGGAAGAAUACACAGAGUGAAGUGAACAAAGUCCUUAUUGGAAGGGUACCUGAUAGGGGGGGUAGGCCCAACGAGCAACAACCCCCACCACCGGAAAUGCCUUCUUGGCAACAGAGAUCUGCUCCGCAGGGAGGUGGCGGUCGUGGCGGUGGUCGUGGUGGUGAAAGGGGGGGUCGAGGAGGUGAGAGAGGAGGUCGAGGCGGGAGGGUGCAGGGUGGGUACAAUCAGGGGAGUGGGGAUCAGAGACCUCAAUCAAGUCCAGCAUUUAAUCAAAACCGCAACUACCAAACAUACGAGGUCCCCCCCGGUGGUUAUAAUCAAAAUCAGAACCAGGGUUACGGCAACCAGGGCUAUGGUUAUAACCAGAAUAAUUAUAAUCAAGGUUAUGAUAGUAUGGGUGGUUAUAACCAGGGCUAUCAAGGCGGCGGCGGCGGCGGUUAUAAAACAUACCAACCGAACCAAGGUUAUCAGAGCAAUAGGUAUGAGAACGACGACAGAAGGGGUCGCGGCAACUAUUCGGGGCGUCGUUGACAAUACGCACUAUCAUACACUUCGUAUAGUUGACGGUAGUUUUGGAUUUUCGGUGAGGGUAGUUUGAAAAAUUGCGGCGUAGUUUCGAAAUUUCGGGUAGAUGCGGGUUUUACGCUUUGUCCGCUUACUUAUUUAUUAUUGCGUUACAAAAUUAUGUAUAAAUUUAUAUUUUAAUGGUUUUAUUUUUUUAAUGUGGGUUUUUUUGAUUUUCGAUGAUAUUGCAGUUUUGAAAAAAUACAUAUUCAGAUGCUCAAGAAUGAUUUUGUUGUGUAAUCAAUUAUUGAAUGAAACCUGAAGUAAAUUCAUGAAAGUUUUUGUAUGUUUACUUAUGAAAAUGAGGAUAGUUGGAUAAUGGCUUUGAUUUAUUGGUAGUUCCUACAAACGUGAUCAAAUAAAAGCUGCAUGUGAUUUAUAAGUGUAAAAAUAUUAGUAUCAAGUUUUUUACGUGAAUGCCCUAUGCCCCUUAAUUCUAGACAUUAGCUUUAGGUCAUGAGGGUGUUUUCUAGGUUUUACAAAUAAUCGAUUCUCACUAUGCAAAAAUACGAGCAUUUAUAAUAAAUGUGCAUAAAAUAACUGAAUUAUUAGUGUAAAAUUCUGUUGUUAUAAUAAAAUUAUUAACUUAUUCAUCGAAUUGCCAUCACUUAAACUUAAAAUUAUCGUCAACAUUUCUUACUAGAUCUAACUUAUUCUACAUUUAUCGCUAGAGUUUUAUAUAGUGUUAGAUAGAACUUACAAAAUCAUUUAUAAUUAAUGAAAUUGUGUUAAUAUAAAAUUACUUUAAACGUAUAAAAAUACUGAAAUUGUGACUUUAAUUAAGCUUAUAAAUUUUUAGCUUUAUUUAUAUAUUUAAUAAAAUAAUUAUUACUUGCAUGUUAUCUGUAUUGAUUGAUACCAUACAACCGAUUUUGACUAUAUACUAUAUAUUUAUAGUUCAUAAAACGAUUUUCCAUCAUAUUAAAAAAAAAUCUUUUGUUUUUGUGCCAAAUGUAUUGAGUAUUUUAUCUUUCUUUUAAAAUAAGAUAAGACUGCUUUUUCUUUAUUUAAUAUAAUAUUGUCAGGUAAUAAAUAAUGUUUUAUUAUUAAUUCGCAUUUUGUUAAAUGCAUCAUUUGAAGCGUGGAACAUAUAAAAGAGGUUAGAAAGGCCUUGCGGAAGGGGUGGUCGCCCCGCUCCCUUGACCCAAUAACAAACAGAUUUACAAUGCGAUUUAUUCAUUAUAUUAUGCAACUUGAUAUGUUAGGAGAAAUAGGUGCGGGUAGUUAAUAUCAAUUUUUAUAUAACCCUACGUGUGACAUCUUAGUCUCCCCGGGACCACGCUUGCUGCAGUGUUCGAAAUAAUAUAAUGAAUAAGUUGAGUAUAAAAUUCUAUAAAAGUGUUUAAUUUCCAAAUGCAUAUACUCGCAUAAAAUCAAACAUGUCAAUCAAAUCAUAAAAUCAAAGUGUCUUUCUUUGUGUUAUAUGUAUUAUAAACAAAUUGAACAUAAUGCAGCUACAUUGCUUGCAACGUAUGGGCGCCAUUUUGUGCAAAGCGAGCGAUCGCGCAUUGUAGUGCGUUCAUUGCGAGAGUCGUGACUCGUGAGUAAAUAGUGGGAGAAAAGCGGCGACACGCGUUCUAAUAAAAAUACUAAUUAUAGUUAAGUAAAGGUAGUUUCUUCCUGAACUAUUUUAUUUAUUUACCCUUUCAAACCCCUUUUAUCUGUUCCGUGUUCGGAAGUGUUAAACUAAAUUCAUUAAAAUUUUAAAAUGUUUUUGGAACUCUCAAACAUUUAAUCGUUAUGUCAUUGGUAGCGUCUCGGAGGAAAUAAUUUCAUAUUUUCUAUUUGCAUGCAGUCGUUUUAAAUUUUUUGUGGCCUGUAUGAUUUUUAAAUUUUAAUUUAAUAUUUCCUUUAAUUUUGUGAAAUAAUUACUCUUAUGAGACAUAUAAUUGGUAGGGAAGGGUAACAAAAAACCACGUUCUCAAAAACCAAGGGAGGUCUUGAGUUGACUGUAGUUUUUUUUUCUACUCCACAACUAUCAAGUCUGUUUUCAACCGAUUGGCGUGAUUCUUUUUGUGUUUGAUAGGAAAUUAUUGUCAUUUGGUCUCAUAUAGGAAACUGGAGUGGUACAUCCUUUCCUAACAUCGGUGACGUUGUUUCAAAAGAAUAAGUAUUUAAAUUAACUUGUGGUUGAUAAAAUGGGAUGGUACAGAAUUCAUUAACACAGCGGUUAGCGAUCUUGCUUAUCGUAACUAAGAUAUGGAUUGAAUUCCUAAUAUCGGAAAAUGUUUUAUAUUUUUAGUUUUAAAAUUAUCAAUACUGUAUUUUUGUACUUUUUAUUAAAAAAAAUCUCGUUUCAAGAAUUUCAAUGUACGUGUGUGUGAAAUAUGAAUUUUAUUUAAAAGAAAAAUUUUAAAUAUCAAAAAGUAUAUGUUAUUUUAGCACUCAUUUGAUGGCUCACUAGUAAGGGUCGAAAACUGGAAACGAGAAGUGUGUGCAAUAAUGAAAUCGAUUUUUUGAAAAAGCAAAAGCAAAGAAGGAACAAAUAGUUGCGAAACCGACAUAUUAUACAUAUAUUAAAUAACUCAAUAUAAUCUUUUUUUAUAUCGAAUAUAUUAUGACAUUAAUUAUAAAAAAAGUCCCAUUUUUGCAACCAACAUAAAUAUUAGCCUUAAUAUAGAAAUAAAUUAGGAACAUAGCUUUCCAACCCGUAUACAUAAUUUAGGUAUAGCAUAAAACACAGAUAAUAAAAAAAUAUGUAUUUUGUUUUUAGUUUCUGUACAAAAAAUAUUUUAAACGACUAACGAACUACAGCCUUGCUUAAGAGCAAUAAUCCA